AUGAUAACCCCCGCAGAUUUGGAAACGUGUUGGGAGGGCACUUCAAGGCCGGAUCUGGGGCGGCAGGAUGAGGAUAGGUGGGAUGACGGGGCAGCAGACCGAGAAUCAUACGUCUACACGCGCGAUAACCAAGCAAAUGCCGCCAACAGUCGAGGGUUUAGAGUGCAACAACAAACAGUUGCCAGCAUACAGACUCACUACGGGUCCAGUCAACCGCGAUUUGGCGAUAGUUUUCCACAACCACACAGACGAGUGAGAGAUGCUCCAAAUGGCGAGAGUACCGAUACCGGUCGAGAGGAGGUAAAAUGCGAAAAUGGUGGGAAUUAG